GAGAGAGAGAGAGAGAGAGAGAGAGAGAGAGAACUUCCAUACGUUAAACUUUCGAAUCACUUGCUUAACAGACACAAUACCACACUUGUUUUCGAACUCUCUUAAAACAUGUAAAGUUCGAAUCGAAAAAAUGCGUGGCGGUAAGGAAGAUAAUUACAGACAAAUGCACCUUUUGAUGAGUUGCCACUUAAACUAUUCACUUUCCUAUUAUUUUGUAAGUGCUAGAAUCACCAUCAACCAAACAAAUGAAAAAUGAUAACAUUGUACUAGAUACAUUGCCUAGCGUGUGGUCACUUGGCAAUGAAAUGCAUCGAUUAAUGUUUAUACUACAUGGUUAGAAGAAGGAAAUUACAGGAAAAAAGUAUCGGAAAAAUAACAACAGGCAACUCCGACGGGGUCAGGUCAGAGAUGAAUGACACAAAGUGAGGAGGUCAGGUAGUUGACCCACGCCCUGCUCGCUCUCAACAUCAUGAUGACCUCUCACCUCUCUAAGAUAUUUGCGUGUAUCAUUUUAAUUCUGUCUGUAGCAAAGGCAUACAAGAUGGAGGAACCUACACCUGAAAGCAAUCUGGAGAGGGAAUUUAAGGCGCUGUCCCUGGAUCUUCUGCACACCGUCAGGAGGACCGACUUCAGAUGCCCGACCGUGUGCACGACCCUCCUCACCAGCACCUGCCAGAGCGAGUGCGAGCGCCGUGGUCUGCCGUCGCUCCCUUGUCGUCUUUUCUGCUAUUCCUCUCAAGUCACCUGCUGCCACUGCCCCGAAUUCUGCCACUAUCCGUUCCAAGACUGUUAUGCGAGGUGCUUGCUGCACGAUACUGCUUGUAAGGACAGAUGCCUUCAAACGGUCCAGUCUUGCUGUUCCAAUUCGGGGAAAUAGAUUAUAGAAAACGUGGUCGGUGGAAGGGGUGACUGAGGAUAAUUAAUGGUGGGUAUUUUGCAACCGUGAGCAAAGAAAUGUGUAAUCACCGGAGUAAUGUUUUGACAGUACCUUUGGGUUGAAUUCUUCGAUUUUUUUUGUGAGUUUAUAUCUCAUUAAUUACUUCGUAUGUAGCUUAUUUGUGUGUAUG